AUGAAGUGGCUAAUUUUCCCUUGGGUGGAAACGAAGGCCCUGGGCCUGGUGCCCAAGGAUGACAAAAACUCUAACCCUGGUAAGACCAAGGACGUGAAGCUCUGUAUCGUGCACUUAACUUUUGAGGGCGUCAAUGACGAGAUGCUUUUUGUUUGGUUGUGGGGAAAAGAUAGCUAUGGUGUGGAGAGAUGGGUGUUUGACAAGUCAUUUCCAUUGCGCAUCAUUGCCGAGUUCAUUAAGUGUUCAAUGGUAAUUCAUUGCAAAGUAGGAAUUUUGUACGUUAUUGAUGGCUUUAUGUACCUGUCGGUUGACUGA